UAAGAUAGAACUCUCCAAAUUUGCCUCCUCCAUACAACCAAUAUUGAAUCCCCUUUAUAAAUAUACAUCCCCAAUCUUCACUAAUUCCUACCUCACUUCUAUUUUUAAAAUCUCUUCUAUUUCUCAUAACACACACAUACACGAAAAAAAAUGGCUUUAACACCUUGCUCUUCAACUUCUUUUAUCAAUAAAAAAGAAAGAAAAAAUUAUAGAACACAUGAUGAUAUCUCAAGCAUGAUUUGCUUUGCCAAAAUGAAUCCACCAUCAUGCAAUCUCAAAGCAAAAAGUUCCAAUCAAGAUGUUCAAUUCUUGGCUCCCAAUAUGGAAGAAAGAGAGAAGCUCCAUGGGCUCUCAAGUAGCACUCAUAGCAACAAUAGUAGCACAAAAGUGCCUGUUUUUGUGAUGUUACCACUUGACACUAUAGCAAUUGGAGGCAACUUGAAUAAGCCAAGAGCUAUGAAUGCAAGUUUGAUGGCAUUAAAAAGUGCUGGAGUUGAAGGAGUAAUGGUGGAUUGUUGGUGGGGUUUGGUUGAAAAAAAUGGACCUUUGAAGUAUAAUUGGGAAGGAUAUGAUGAACUUGUCAAGAUGGUUCAAGCACAUGGAUUGAAGCUUCAAGUUGUCAUGUCUUUUCAUCAGUGUGGUGGCAAUGUCGGAGAUUCCUGCAGUAUCCCUCUACCCCCAUGGGUACUUGAAGAAAUCAGCAAAAAUCCUGAUCUUGUGUAUACAGACAGAUCAGGCAGGAGAAAUCCUGAGUACAUUUCCUUAGGUUGUGAUCUAUUACCAGUACUCAGAGGAAGAACACCAAUUCAAGUCUACACUGAUUAUAUGCGAAGUUUUAGAGAAAGAUUCAAGAAUUACUUGGGAGAUGUUAUAGUGGAAAUACAAGUGGGAAUGGGUCCUUGUGGGGAACUAAGAUAUCCAUCUUAUCCAGAAAGCAAUGGUACUUGGAGAUUUCCUGGUAUUGGUGAAUUCCAGUGCUAUGACAAGUACAUGAAAGCUUCACUAGCAGCAUCAGCACGAGCAAUGGGAAACGAAUCGUGGGGCCGAGGUGGGCCCCACGAUUCCGGACAGUACAACCAGUUUCCAGAGGACACUGGAUUUUUCAAAAGGGAUGGAACAUGGAGCAAUGAAUAUGGACAAUUCUUCCUAGAAUGGUAUUCCGGGAAAUUAUUAGAACAUGGAGACAGAAUUCUAGGAUCAGCAGAAGGCAUAUUCAAAGGAACAGGAGCUAAAUUAUCAGGCAAAGUAGCUGGAAUUCAUUGGCAUUAUAACACAAGAUCACAUGCAGCAGAAUUAACAGCAGGGUACUAUAACACAAGAAAUAGAGAUGGUUACCUACCUAUAGCACGUAUGUUCGCGAAACAUGGGGUCGUGUUUAACUUUACGUGCAUGGAAAUGAGGGAUGGCGAGCAGCCACAACACGCGAAUUGCUCGCCAGAAGGUUUGGUUCGACAGGUGAAGAAUGCGACUAGAAUUGUCGGAGUAGAACUAGCAGGAGAAAACGCGCUAGAGAGGUAUGAUGGAGGAGGAUAUGCACAAGUUUUGAGUACAAGUAGAGCAGAAGGAGGAAAUGGAUUGAGUGCAUUUACAUACUUGAGAUUGAACAAAAGGCUGUUCGAGCCCGAGAAUUGGAGAAAUCUCGUCGAAUUUGUGAAGAACAUGUCGGAGGGAGGUAACACGCGACUUCCUGAAUGUGAUUCGAGCAGAACAGACCUAUAUGUUAGAUUUGUCAAACAGAGUCAUGACAAGAAAACUGCAGAGGCUACAGUUGUUUAAAGAUAUUCAUUUGCCCUCGGGGCUUUGGUCCAGUGGUAAGAGCGGAAUGUUUAAUAUGUCGAUUAUGCGCACGUCACGAGUUUGAACUCUACCACAGACAAAAGUCUAGUGUUUAAAUAUGGAGAAGAGUAGAAGGGAUGACUCAGUAUUCACCGAGUUUUGAACCAUCUGCCAACUAAUUUUCGGUGAUUUCUCGGUUCUAAGGAAAAUGUAGUCAUCAAUGUACAUGUAAAAUAGUCACUCCUUUAUAGUAUAGCAGAUGCAACGUGAAUAAAAGCUAAAAACUACUACAUUAUGGAGUAGUACCUAGCCCCUAAAAGUCUGAAAACUAUUUAUUAUUUCUGCAACUAUAGGACUCAAAUAAGUAUAUUCUUUUCUUUGUACAACUAUAAUAAUUUUGGCCUUUCCACAUAAUAUUGAAGUAAAAAAGCUCCUAGUGGUGUUUACCUACA